AUCUGAAGUUAGUUGUUUAUUAUAAUAGUUAUAAAAGCUUGACACUCGAUAAGAGGAAAAGAAGUGAAUUUAUAAGAUAAGAUAAACUCAUUGCGUGAUCUCGAGUUGAUCGGCGAGAAACGUGACUUUGAAUUUUUCGUGCGGCAGUCACGGUGCAUGAGUAUCGAGACGCGUUUGAUUUUCGAAAGCGGCCAACUUCAGAUCGCUUCGCGCGCGAGCCGUAGACGACGCCCGUUGUACUCGACGAGGGUCGCGUCAUAAUUAUCGUGGCUUGACAGUGAAGUGGCGAGAUUCAAGAACGCCGACAGCUUUCGAAUCGGCCUCGUAAAUCGAAUAGCGAUUGGAUCACGAAGUGUGCGAAACGGACGGAUGUGAGGGACAGUCUAAUUGAAUUUACGGGCGCGACAUAAUCGAGUCGUCGAGAGCGCGUGAGGAGCCCGAGUUUGAUCGAUUGUUUGUUUAUCACAAGGUGAAUUACGCAUUUAUUAUUCUAUUUGUUCUCCGGUAAUCUCAUUAUUUUUACGCAAUUUUUUUAUCGGCGAAAUAAUGGAGAAACCAGUUUCAUCGGACAUAGUCAUCAUCGCAGGCAAUUCACAUCCAGAGCUCGCAGAUUUGAUUGCAAAUCGUUUGGGUAUAAAACCUGGUGGCUGUGCUGUUUACUACAAGUCGAAUCGCGAGACAAUGGUGGAGAUAGGAGAUUCUGUACGCGGCAAAGAUUUAUUUCUAAUCCAAACCGGUACAAAAGAUGUAAACAACAACAUAAUGGAGCUUCUCAUCAUGGCCUAUGCAUGUAAAACAUCCUCUGCCAAAAACAUUGUUGGAGUGAUUCCAUACUUGCCUUACUCCAAGCAGUGCAAAAUGCGCAAACGUGGCUGUAUAGUAUCUAAACUUUUGGCGAAGAUGUUAUGCACGAGCGGCCUAACUCACAUUAUUACGAUGGAUCUUCAUCAGAAAGAAAUCCAAGGUUUUUUUGACGUUCCUGUGGAUAAUCUAAGAGCUAGUCCAUUCCUUCUGCAAUACAUUCAAGAAUCCAUUCCUGACUAUCAUAAUUCUGUGAUCGUUGCAAGAAAUCCAGGUAGCGCAAAAAAAGCGACUAGCUAUGCAGAGAGGCUGCGCCUGGGAAUUGCUGUGAUUCACGGAGAACAAAGAGAAGCCGAAUCCGACAUGAACGACGGCCGCUAUUCACCACCCGCAUUAGCACUGGCCGCACGUACGAUGGAAGUAGGUGUGGGUGUUCCUUUGCAUCCAGCGAAGGAAAAGCCGCCAAUAAGCGUCGUCGGAGAUGUUGGAGGACGUAUCGCUAUUAUGGUGGACGACAUGAUAGAUGAUGUACAAUCAUACGUAGCAGCUGCCGAAGUACUUAAAGAAAGAGGAGCUUAUAAAAUAUACGUCUUAGCUACGCAUGGUUUGCUUAGUUCAGAUGCGCCUAGACUCAUCGAAGAGUCUCCAAUCGACGAGGUUGUCGUAACUAAUACCGUUCCUCAUGACGUGCAGAAGAUGCAGUGCCCAAAAAUCAAGACUGUCGACAUCAGUAUUCUUUUAGCAGAGGCUAUUCGACGUAUACACAAUAAGGAGUCAAUGUCGUAUUUAUUUAAGAAUGUAACUCUGGAAGACUAGGAGCUAGACGAUUGCAUUUGGGAAGUUAUAUUUUAAUCGCGACUAAAUGACGGUUCAAAGUUAGGAUUCAAUUCCGGGGACCAUGUCCAGAAUACAUAUCCGUCUCUUAAUUUUCUACACUAUUUUUAUAUUUCCCCAAACUUGCAAAACAACACAGUGAAUAUAUAAACUAGUUCCUUGCGUUCAUCGGUGAGAAUAAUCGGCCGAAUGUCUUAAUGUACAUUUCCUUUGUAGUUAUUUUUUUCUCUGUAUAAACUGUCUAUACUAUAGCUUAGUUUAUUACUACUAGGCCAUUAGAAAAAUCGAUAAGCAUAUUUCAAUAUGAAACAUAGUCACAUAUGGUAUUAGAUAUUGUAAAAUUUUAGAAUUCUGUAUGGUCAUAGAUAUGUAUUCCUGUGCUUACCAAUGAUCUAGUGAUAAUUUUAUUGAAUGAUUAUGUAAAAUAUGUAUUUUAGAUCAAGACAUAAUAAAUAUAUU